GCGGUCAGAAGUUGGCCGAAGUUGCCAAGUUGGUGCGUACUGCGUGGAGCGAAGCGAGUGGCGACGUGAACGUGAAACGGUGACUCAGUCGGACAGUAGAGUAAAGAGUGAGACGCGCGGUGGUCGGCUGGUGUACCGGUGAUAAUAAAUUUAUCGGUGUCCGAGUUUCACGGGGAAAUUAGUGAAAAAGUGUGGGACCAUAACCGCGUCCAAUAUGUUCAGCUGGCUGAAUCGCGAGGACAACGGCAAGGCGGAGCUCUUCGAGAACGUGACCGAGGGUCUGAAGAAGAUCUACAGGUCGAAGCUGCUGCCCCUCGAGCAGCAUUACCAGUUCCACGAUUUCCACUCGCCGCAGCUCGACGAUCCUGACUUCGACGCGAAGCCGAUGAUCCUGCUGGUCGGUCAGUACUCGACGGGGAAAACGACGUUCAUAAAGUACCUCCUGGAGCGAGACUUCCCGGGGAUCCGGAUCGGCCCCGAGCCGACUACCGACCGGUUCAUAGCCGUCAUGUACGAUGAAAAGGAGGGCGUGAUUCCCGGUAACGCCUUGGUCGUCGAUCCUAACAAGCAGUUCCGACCCCUCUCAAAGUUUGGGAACGCCUUCCUCAACCGGUUCCAAUGCUCGACGGUUGCCUCCCCGGUUCUCAAGGGUAUAUCCAUCGUCGACACCCCUGGUAUUCUGUCCGGUGAAAAGCAGCGCGUAGACAGAGGCUACGACUUCACCGGGGUGCUCGAGUGGUUCGCAGAGCGUGUCGACAGGAUCAUCCUACUCUUCGAUGCCCACAAGCUGGACAUCUCCGACGAGUUCAGGAGGUCCAUCGAGGCUCUGCGGGGCCACGACGAUAAGAUUAGAAUCGUACUAAACAAGGCUGAUAUGAUCGAUCAUCAGCAGCUCAUGCGGGUCUACGGGGCACUUAUGUGGUCCCUUGGCAAGGUUCUGCAGACACCUGAAGUCGCCAGGGUGUAUAUCGGCUCCUUCUGGGACCAGCCGCUUAGAUACGAUGUCAAUCGCAGGCUUUUUGAAGACGAGGAACAAGAUCUGUUCAAAGAUAUGCAAUCGUUGCCCAGGAAUGCUGCGCUUAGAAAACUUAAUGACCUAAUCAAACGUGCUCGCCUAGCUAAGGUUCACGCUUACAUCAUUAGUGCAUUGCGAAAAGACAUGCCCUCAAUGUUUGGAAAAGAUGGAAAAAAGAAGGAUCUUAUUAAAAAUUUGGGUCAAGUUUAUGACCAGAUACAAAGGGAGCAUCAAAUAUCUCCCGGUGAUUUUCCAGAUUUGAAAAAAAUGCAGGAAUCUCUGGCUCAUCACGAUUUCACAAAAUUCCAUCCGCUUAAACCUAGGCUACUGGAAAUUGUGGACAAAAUGCUUGCCGAGGAUAUCGCUAAGCUUAUGGCUAUGAUUCCUCACGAAGAAAUGGCCACCUCCACAGAACCAAUGAUCAAGGGUGGUGCCUUUGAGGGAGUAGAGGAUCAGGUCAGUCCGUUUGGUUACAAGAGAGGCGAAGGUAUCGAUGCUGGUGCCGGCGAACCAGAAUGGAUCGUUAAUAAGGAACGUUAUAAGUGGGACUCGAUGUUUGACAGUCUUGGUCCCAUGGAUGGGAAAAUUACCGGAGCUGCUGCUAAAUCGGAGAUGGUUAAAUCCAAGCUGCCAAACAGCGUUCUAGGAAAGAUUUGGAAGCUUUCUGACAUCGACCAGGAUGGUUUACUGGAUGCGGAUGAAUUUGCACUUGCGAUGCACCUAAUCAAUGUCAAAAUAGAUGGUCACGAUAUACCUUCGGAACUUCCGGAUCAUCUGGUGCCCCCUUCGAAACGUAACUUAUGAAUGUGACGGAUGUGUGUGAUGUAGGUUGUUCCAGCCACGCGCACUUUGACACAGCUAGACCAAUCAAUUCCAUUUUUUUUCUUCACAUCACAGUUAAAACUGAUAAGGAUCAUUUACACCUUUCAAGUGAACAUGAUAAAUUACGAGGGCAUACAUUAUAUGUAAUACAUUCUAUCGACAUUAUUGUAAAUGCAAUACUAGACUUCAUGGCGAUACAAGUGUCGGUCUCCUUUUGCAUCUAUAAAGAAAAACGUUCAUACAUUUUUUUUUCCGCUCUUUUGUUACGAUAGUGAAAGUAACGAUAUGCUGACCAUGAUCGUGAGACGUGUUUGCGACAGACGUAUGAGAGUUUCUUUGUUAACUAGGCCACUUCUUUUGCUGAUCACUUGCACUCACUUUUUUUUUGAAUCUCACAAGUUGUAACACUAACUAUUUGGGAUUAUUUGUGAAGUUUUCUCACACGCAACCGUUCUCAAGAAGCACUUUCUUUUUAAUUUAGUCGGUAUCCCGUAAAGACGCGUAAAAAUGCAGGAGUGGUCAAUGUUAAAUUUGUACCGAUUGUAAGAAAGUUCCGUGCUUAUUUCGUGCAAGUUGUACUGGUUCGUAUUAUCGCUCUAGUGCUUUACUGUGCUUACUUGAAUGUGAUGAAAGACAAUUUAAAAAACGUAACUAAAAAGACUACCAUGUGCCCACUGGUAAAUCGAAAAAAGGAAAAGAAAAGAAAAACUUUUUCAACGCAGUAAAAAACUUAUUUUUAUAACUCGGUAAAUAAACUGUAGGAAAUUCAUGAACUACAAGGAUUCUGAAAAUAUGACGUGUAAUCAGUGAUUUUUUGUAGAUAUAAAUACUACCGUUGACUACGUAUUAUAUUUUACUGCACCCAAUCCAUACUGUUCGGCGAAUUUUGAUCCUCCACAGAUUUCUAGUGAAAUUCAAGUACUGAGAGGCAAGUGUGAUGUUUAAAUUGUCAAAAAAUAACCAAAUUGAUCAUUUUUGUCAAAAAUCACUGAAUCCACGCUGCAACAUUUUUUCAGACAAUGUUGUAAAGAUUCGAUAGAGAUUCAUUUAAACAUUAAACAAAGCAUAAUUGAUGAUAAUAUUAAACUAAAUGUAUGUAACCAUUAUAAAUGAUACAAGUGUCCAUUUGCUUGCGCAUGUUCCUUUAUCACGUAAGGCUAUGAAUGAUUUGACAAAUUAAUUGAAUCACCCGACUGUUAUGCAAGCCCAGGGCACAAUGUUGAAUUACAUGCGCUAGAAAUUAGACUGUUUUCUUACCGAUCGCACAUUGGUCGAUUUUUACACCAACAAAUAAUGAAUACGAUUUAAUCUGAUCUGUAUUCGCAUUAACAGCUUACAACCAGUUUAUACAUGUAUAUACCUACAUUCAUGAAUACAUAAUAUAUGUACGAUGUAUAGUAAUUAUAUUAUAACACUUAUUAUCCACUUGCAAAAUUUUAGUUAAUAAUUUCCCGUUUCGUGUUAAUUAUCUAUAUAACAUUUGUAUCCUGAACUAUUAUCAAUGAAAUUAUUUAACUUGACAACAAAUAUUUAUACAUAUAUACAUAUUAUACGUAUAUAGAAAAAAAAGAAAAAUGCAAAAAGAAAAACGUACCUACUGUAAAUAUUGGGAUUGGAUUUGAAUGACAAUAGGCGUUUAUUGUUUGUAAAUAAUAAUCAUUCCCAAGACAUGUAUACCUAUCUUUGAUGUUAAUUAAUUAUGUAUAAAAAAUCAUCGCCGGAAACCUAAUUGAGACAAAUAAGCUACGUUUACACUUAUUUAUUACUGAUUGCACCGAGAUUUGCUGCAGACUCAUCAAAAAUAAAACACCAACAAUUGAAAAUGAAAAACAGCUUCAAUGCAUAAUAAUAAUAAUACAAUUUUCGAUCACAAUUUUCCUUAGCACUGCCUUUAUGUAACGCAUUUACAAUGUGAUAUGUAUAUUUUUCUAUGUGAUUGAAAGCAGAAAAGUAAUUCAGAUAAUUUACUAUAAAACUACAAAAUAAUAAACAAAUAAAUUGAAUAAUAAUGAUUAAUAAUAAUAUCAAAUAAUAAUAAUAUUAAUUUCCAUACUGGAUUACCAAAGAACUGAUCAACAUUUACUUUGUGCAAUUAGUGUGCUUAAAAUAAGUAUUUAAUAUGAAAUUGUUAUUAUUAUUAUUUUCUUUUUUUUUCUUAAUUAUAAAUAUCCAUGGUGUGGCAGUAUGCAUGCGUGAAAAUGUACAUUAUUGUAUACGAUAUAGUUGCAAUAACGAUGUCUCGAACGAAGUUUACUGUCUGCGGAAUUACCAUCGUCUCGGAAAUACUAUACGAGAACAAAUUUUAAUACUUCUAUUGUAAAUUAAUUUAUAGAAAUUAUAGCAAAUACAAUAAAUUAUAUUGAAUAACUCA